AACAAACCCGCCUUCGCUGGCUAGAUUGAAGAGCGCAGCCUGACCGCAGCACAGGGAAAGGGGGCCUGGCUAAAGGGAAACUCCCUACACUGCUCUACACUCGGCUGCUCUGGGCUCAGCUCUGCCCUGCCCUGCCCCGGCUGCCUCUCUCUUGUCUCAAACACAAGGGAUUCCAUAGCUCUGAACACAAGGGCUUGUUCUGAAAACGGAGAGCAGGGGGACUUUGACAAUUUCGGGAAGAAAGGAAAUGAAUGUGAGGGGAAUACAAGAUUGUCUUUGUGUGUCUUGGAAUUGAAACUUGCCACUUGGUCUUGGAGUGAGCUGGGUUGUGCCAUUGACUUCGGAGGAGCUGAGAAACUGGUGUCCAGUUUUAAGGUUCGCCAGUACCAACAAUAGCCCCACUAAAAUACAGCAUGUUGCAGCUCACCGUGCUCUGCCUCCUCUCCCUUCUGGGCUGCACCACAGCAUGCCGGAGUGGCACUCCCACAGAGUGCGAGAAAGCGCCUUUCGUACCCGGCUACAACCUCGCCGGGGAGGGCUUUGAUGUGGUCAAGAUGCGUCGCAAGGGCGCCUACCUGAUCAACGUCAAGGCCACGCACCCAAACGACAACCGUAACGGCAGCUGCACGGUGUGCGAGAACCGCUUCCAAGGAGGCCAGUUGCAGAAGCUUCCCGCCAUGGUGCUGGACUGGAGGCCGUUUAGCCGGUGUAGCAAGCAGCUGUCCAGUGCGCUCCACCACACGGUCGACUCCCUCGUGAAGAGCUCCUCCGCCCUCAUCAAUAACAACUGGGGCAUGGACCUGAACCUGGACACCUAUGGCAAGAUACUCAUCGGGGGCAGCCACUCGGACAUCGCCAGGUUCGCCAGGACUCAGCACAACGUGGACAAGGCCACUUUUGCCAUGCAUGAAAUCACAUGCACAUACUACAGUUACAGGGUGACAGAUCACCCAGAGCUGAGCAGUGAGUUCAGCAAGCACCUGAAGAAGCUGCCCAAGCAGUACGACGACCAGACCAAAGCCGUGUACCGACGGACCAUAGACACCUACGGCACACACUACAUUCGACACGUGCACCUGGGCGGCCGCGUCAGGAGAGUCACCGCCUUCCGCACCUGCCUGGCAACACUGAAAGGUUUCACAGAGACAGAAAUAAAGAACUGCCUGAACCUGGAGCUGAAGAUGGCCCUGGGCUUCCUGCCUGCCAACGCAUCACUCUCCAGGAAGUGCGAAGACAUCCUGAAGGACAACAUGAGCAUGGGCUUCUACCAGGGCUUCAUGACACACAAGAUUGAGGUGCUGGGUGGUGAGAAGUACUUCCCUGACGUGCUGUUCCAGGAGAGCCCCAACGAGGCCUACACCAGCUGGAUGAACAGCCUGACGCAGACCCCUGACGUCGUCUCCUACGCCAUCUACCCGCUCCACCACCUAGUGGAUGAUCCAGAGAUACGCGGAAACCUCAAAAGCGCAGUGUCCGAGUAUGUUGGGGAGAACAUGGUUCCAGAGAACCGCCAGAGGGAGAGCCAGUGCGCUCCAUCAGAGAACCUGGACCACCACUGCUGCCCGCUGAGGUCCGCCCGUGGGAAACUGAUCGUGGAGAUCCAGCGAGCUUCAGGCUUGAAGGCCGACACGUUCACAAAGACUGAUGCGUUUGUCAAGAUCUGGUACAACGAGAAGUACAGAGAGACGGAUGUAGUGAUGGACGACAACAACCCGUCGUGGAACGUCACUUACAACUUUGGGGAGAUCGAGGUGGGCAACCAGCUGAUCAUAGAGGUGUGGGAUAUCGACGUGAUGUACAAUGAUAUGCCGGGCAGGUGCAUUCUGAUUCCGGAACGCGGCAUCCAUUAUCAAGGAUGCAAGCUGAGCAAAGGGGUGUUGUACUUCUCCUACGCAGUCAUGUGCGAUGCACAUCUGACAGGGCACAGAUGUGAGAAGUACUCACCUAAACGGUAACCGUGUCAGGUGCUCCACUAUUGGUGACUGUCAUAGAAAACUGCUGUAGAUGGGCUUAAGUCACUGUUUUAGAUAAAUUAUCCGUUUACAUUGUCUUAUAAUUGGAAAAUCAUUUCUCUGUGCUUUUUUUAUACGUUGUUCCUCCUGUCAGAGAAUCAAACCACCAUGUUGAUGCAGGAGGAUAUUUUGUGACUAUUUUUUACAUUUAAGUAAAUGUUAUAUACCGGUAUUUGCAUGGUUGUAUUUUUUUGUGGGUUACAUUGUUUAAAUAGGUUGUGCAAAUAAAUGGUUGUCCUCUUUACAAAUCUC